AUGUCGCUGAGCAAGUUGAGUCAGACGUGCUUCAGUCGACACCAAGCGAAAAUAUUCAUCAGAUUCUCUAGUUCAGAUUUUAAAUCGCUACUCGGUCCACCAGCCGUCGCCAACCCGUAUGCCGACAAUGGGCGUAACAGAUUCGCUGCUCCAAUUGUUCCAAUAAAUCACGGAAAUGUGUUCGCUAGUAUAAAGGUGCCGAUUAACGAGACACCUGAGGCUAUUGCAUACAAACCGGCUGUAGAGGAUGUAAAGGAACCACCGAUUGCAGAGAGAAUUAUGGAGAAAGCUCUAAAAGUCGAGAUUGCAAAAGAAGCGAGCACCCCUUCACCAGUUCCUGCUCCAACCACCGCCAUCGACGAGCUAAACUCACUAAAAGAUUCGCUGAAUAAGCUAGAAGAAGCGGCGGCGAAACCGUCAUCAUCUUCUGGCAGCUCUGGUGAUAAUAAUGAUCACACGAGCACACCAGAAGAAAUCGAAGCACGUCGGAAGCGAAUGGAACGAAAUACUCGUAUCGGUGGAUACGUGGUGUUAGGUGGAUCUAUUAUUGGAUUCAUCUCAUUCUGCUUCUAUUACGGUAGAGCGCAGAGAGAUGAGGCCGGAAAUGUGAUUGCUGAUGAGUUCAGUGGAUCAUUCUUGGCGCCAUUUUAUAGAAUUGCCAAUAGUUUCAAGUUGUGGAGAGAUUACGUCGUCGAGCCAGCUCGUGAGCAACUUCUCCCCGACCCCCUCCCAGCUCCAUACCUCCAACCGAAAUACACAAUCGUCAUCGAGCUCAAAAACAUUCUUGUCCACCCCGAAUGGACGUACAAAACCGGAUAUCGCUUCUUGAAACGUCCGGCUCUCGACUACUUCCUCGAUGUCAUCGGUUAUCCGAACUUUGAAGUCGUCAUCUACUCAUCUGAAUCCAUGAUGACUGCUGCGCCAGUCGUCGACAGUUUUGAUCCAAAACAACGGAUCAUGUAUAAAUUAUUCAGAGAUUGCACGAAAUACAUGAAUGGACAUCAUGUUAAGGACCUCUCGAAACUGAACCGCGACUUAUCGAAAGUUAUUUACAUCGAUUUCGAUGCGAAAUCAGGACAAUUGAAUCCAGAAAAUAUGCUCCGAGUACCGGAAUGGAGAGGAAAUAUGGAUGAUACUAGUCUUGUCGAUUUGGCUGAACUUUUAAAGACAAUACAUUUGUCCGACGCUGAAGACGUUCGCCCAAUGCUUCAAUACUACUCUCAGUACGACGAUCCAGCAAAAGAGUUCCGUCGACGAGCCGUUUAUUUGUCUCAACAAGAGGAGCAGAAGAAACAACAACCCGACGAGAGUUCGAUGCUCAAACGAUACUCUGGAAGACUGUUUGGAUUCAGAAGACACGCUUCCGCCUAA